AUAUAUUAGCAAAAAAUAAGAUAAUACUUUUCAUUAAAUAAUAUAUCUGAGUCACUUUUUCAUGUUAGUGGCUCAGAUAAUACAUACUGAUGAUUUUUAAUAGCCGCAUCAUAUUCUGUUGUAAGGAUAUACCAAAAUGCAAACAACCUGUGUAUACUGUGUUAACAACGAGCUGCAUUUUCUCUGCUUGUGGAAUGUUGAGCAACCUGCUUCCUGUAUCCUGUUUGAGCAGAACCUGGUACAGUCUGAACAGGGAUGCUCUGGGGCCUGUCCCCAGAGUAGAGAGAUAGCCGGCUGAGUGGACUGACAUUUGGACGCCUUCAACAGGCAGACAAGUCCAGCACCAGGAGCAUGGUGUGCCUGCCCAGGGCGCCCAGCUGGCCAGUGACAUGGCUGAGUUCGUACCCAGGUCCUCCUGACUCCAAAGCUCCAGCUAACACCGCUCCCAUCACCCCCUGCUGCCCGGAAAGGCAGUUGUGUCUUCUCUCUCUCUCUCUCUCUUCACAUCGCUGGGUAUCAUCCUGCCUGCAGCGCUCCUUCAUGCAAUACAUUCUGCAGGCUACUGAUUAAACAAUGGGAAGGGAAGGGGAGAAAAUAAACUGGAGGUCAGGAAAAUGCAGCCAGAGGUUAGAGUGCAUGCGUGCAUGUGUAUGUAUGUGUGUGUGUGUUCUUAAAAUUAACCACUUUUUUUGUGCCUGACAAUAGGGUGGCCCGUGCACAGGCCACAGGCAUGUGUGUACACGUGUGUCCAGGGGCAUGGUCAGUGAGCCCCCGGCUCAGUGGUUAUAGGCAGCAAAUACUGAUGUUUUAAGCAGUUAGAGGAGAUGCAAGAAGCUCCGCUCCCUCUUCCUCCCCAUUAUCUGCCCCCAAUCCCCUCUUUGAUGCUGCUAAUGAUUAGUCAUUCUUAACCCUCAAGUUCAAUAUCCUCCCGGAGAUACCCUCCCAGGCGAGGGCACUGCGACUACACUGAGGUUCGGCCCACUCCUGGGCAGCUUCUUAGCUGGGUGGCGAAAACAAAAAUGCCGCCUAAUUGGUCACUGGCCCUUUCUCAUGAAUGAAGGAGGUUUCUGUUUUAAGAAAUAGUGACUCCUCAGCCGUUGAUUCACUGCCCACAGGGAGAUUUUGAGCAGAGGCUUCCUAGGCUCCGUAGAAAUUUGCAUACAGCUUCCACUUCCUGCUUCAGAGCCUGUUCUUCUACUUACCUGGGCCGGGAGAGGGCGGAGGGAGGCCCAGGGCGACCCAAGGUGGAGAGAGACGAGAAGCCGCCGAGAGCCGACCACUCUCCGGGCCCGGUCUGUCUGUCCGUGGUGGUUCUAAGAAACUAGAAUGAACCGAAGCAUUCCUGUGGAGGUCGAUGAAUCAGAACCAUACCCAAGUCAGUUGCUGAAACCAAUCCCAGAAUAUUCCCUGGGAGAGGAAUCAGAACCACCUGCUCCAAAUACAAGGAACAUGGCACCCAACAGCUUGUCUGUACCCACAACGCCUCACAACUCCUCCAGAGACUUUUCUCAAGCUCACGCAACCCUGAAACUUGCAAAUCACCAGCGGCCUGUAUCCCAGCAGGUCACCUGCCUGCGCACUCAAGUUCUGGAGGACAGUGAAGAGAGCUUCUGCAGGAGACACCCAGGCCCAGGCAAAGCUUUCCCCUCUGGGUGCUCUGCAGUCAGCGAGCCCGAGUCUGAGUCUGUGGUUGGAGUCCUCCCUGCAGAGCAUCAGUUUUCAUUUAUGGAAAAACGUAAUCAAUGGCUGGGAUCUCAGCUUUCAGCAGCUUCUCCUGACACUGGCCAUGACUCAGACAAAUCAGACCAAAGUUUACCUAAUGCCUCAGCAGACUCCUCGGGCAGUAGCCAGGCGAUGGUACAGCGGCCCCAGCCUCACAGGAACCGAGCAGGCCUGGAUCUGCCAACCAUAGACACGGGAUAUGAUUCCCAGCCCCAGGAUGUCCUGGGCAUCAGGCAGCUGGAAAGGCCCCUGCCCCUCACCUCCGUGUGUUACUUCCAGGACCUCCCCAGACCUCUCAGGUCCAGGGAGUUCCCUCAGUUUGAACCUCAGAGGUAUCCAGCAUGUGCACUGCCUCCCAAUCUUUCCCCACAUGCUCCAUGGAACUAUCAUUACCAUUGUCCUGGAAGUCCCGAUCACCAGGUGCCAUAUGGCCAUGACUACCCUCGAGCAGCCUACCAGCAAGUGAUCCAGCCGGCUCUGCCUGGGCAGCCACUGCCUGGAGCCAGUGUGAGAGGCCUGCACCCUGUGCAGAAGGUUAUCCUGAAUUAUCCCAGCCCCUGGGACCAAGAAGAGAGGCCCGCACAGAGAGACUGCUCCUUUCUGGGGCUUCCAAGGCACCAGGAACAGCCGCAUCACCAGCCACCUAAUAGAGCUGGCACUCCUGGGGAGUCCUUGGAGUGCCCUGCAGAGCUGAGACCACAGGUUCCCCAGCCUCCGUCCCCAGCUGCUGUGCCUAGACCUCCUAGCAACCCUCCAGCCAGAGGAACUCUAAAAACAAGCAAUUUGCCAGAAGAAUUGCGGAAAGUCUUUAUCACUUAUUCGAUGGACACAGCUAUGGAGGUGGUGAAAUUCGUGAACUUUUUGUUGGUAAAUGGCUUCCAAACUGCAAUUGACAUAUUUGAGGAUAGAAUCCGAGGCAUUGAUAUCAUUAAAUGGAUGGAGCGCUACCUUAGGGAUAAGACCGUGAUGAUAAUCGUAGCAAUCAGCCCCAAAUACAAACAGGAUGUGGAAGGCGCUGAGUCGCAGCUGGACGAGGAUGAGCAUGGCUUACAUACUAAGUACAUUCAUCGAAUGAUGCAGAUUGAGUUCAUAAAACAAGGAAGCAUGAAUUUCAGAUUCAUCCCUGUGCUCUUCCCAAAUGCUAAGAAGGAGCAUGUGCCCACCUGGCUUCAGAACACUCAUGUCUACAGCUGGCCCAAGAAUAAAAAAAACAUCCUGCUGCGGCUGCUGAGAGAGGAAGAGUAUGUGGCUCCUCCACGGGGGCCUCUGCCCACCCUUCAGGUGGUUCCCUUGUGACACUGUUCAUCCCCAGAUUACUGAGGCUAGGCCCUGUUUGGGGCCCUGUUCUGACAGCAUUCUAGCUGAGGCUGGUCGGUAGCACUCCCGGCUGGUGUUUUCUCUGUUCCUUCCCGAGAGGCCCUCUGGCCCCCAGGAAACCUGUUGUGCAGAGUUCUUCCCCGGAGACCUCCACACACCCUGGCUUUGAAGUAGAGUCUGCGGCUGCUCUGCAUUCUCUGCUUUUAAAAAACCCACUGCAGGUGCCAGGGUCCCACAUGUUCCUCCUGACAGUUUGAUGUGUCCAUUCUGGGCCGCUCAGUGCUUAGCAAGUAGAUAAUGCAAGGGAUGUGGCAGCAAAUGGAAAUGACUACGAACACUCUCCUAUCACUUCAGGCUACUUUUAUGAGUUAGCCAGAUGCUUGUGUAUCCUCAGACCAAACUGAUUCAUGUACAAAUAAUAAAAUGUUUACUCUUUUGUAAGAUUAUGUUUUACUUAUCUCAAAGGAGAUAGAUACAUAUAAUUUAUAAUGAUACGGUUGCUUCCAGGGACAUCAACAAAACUGCUUAGAUAUAAUAUUAGAUAAAUAUAACAGACCACUCUGUAUUAAAGGAUUAAAGCCAGCUAGUUAAACAACCCUUUUAAACCAUAAUCAUAGAAGGUUUAUUCUUGCAAUAAAGAUUUUUAGGCUGGGCGCACUGGCUCACACCUGUAAUCCCAGCACUUUUGGAAGCUGAGGCAGUCAGAUCAUUUGAGGUCAGGAGUUUGAGACCAGCCUGGCCACCAUGUUGAAACCCCAUCUCUGCUAAAAAUACAAAAAAGUUAGCUGGGCAUGAUGGUGUGCACCUGUAAUCCCAGCUACUUGGGAGGCUGAGGCAGGAGAAUAGCUUGAACCUGGGAGGCAGAGGUUGCAGUGAGCUGAGAUCAUGCCACUGCACUCUCGCUUGGGAGACACAGCGAGACUCCGUCUCAAACAAACAAACAAAAACACCCAUUUUUAACAAAACAACUUUAUAUAGCAUAUAACCAUGAUUCUAAAUAGUAUGAUUACGGUUCUCAGGAUCUGACUACAUAGGUAAAAAUAUUUGCAUAUGUAUGUGAAGUGACGGGGAAUGUAGGCUAGAAUUAUAGUCUGUGUUCUAAUUUUGGUUCUACCACCAAUUAGCUGUGUGACCUUUAGCAAGUCCUUUCACUUUUCUUAGAUUCCAGGGACUCAUUUAUAAAAUGACAUGGACAAAAGCAUCUCUAAUCACUCUAAAAGAUUUGAAGUCUAAAUUCUAAAUAUUCUUUUGAGGAGUGACUGAGUUUUCAUUUUCAUAAUUAUGUCUUUCAGAGGAUAAAUUUACAUUUUCUUAACAGAGACAUUUUCUUCUUCUUCUUUUUUUUUUUUUGAGACAGUCUCACUCUGUAGUCCAAGCUGGAGUGCAGUGGUGCAAUCUCGGCUCACUGCAACCUGCGCCUCCUCGGUUCAAGUGAUUCUUCUGCCUCAACCUUCCGAGUAGCUGGGCCUACAGGCGCCUGCCACCAUGCCCGGCUAAGUUUUGUAUUUUUAGUAGAGACGGGGUUUCAUAUUGGCCAGACUGGUCUCAAACUCCUGACCUUGUGAUCCGCCCACCUCAGCCUCCCAAAGUGCUGGGAUUACAGGUGUGAGCCACCAUGCCCAGCCAACAUAUUCCUCUUUUAAAAAAUAUCUUCUCACACCUGUAAUCCCAGGACUUUGGGAGGCUGAGGCAGGUGAAUCACAAGGUCAGGAGAUCAAGACCAUCCUGGCUAACAUGGUGAAACCCCGUCUCUACUAAAAAUACAAAAAAAUUAGCUGGGCGUGGUGGCAGGCGCCUGUAGUCCCAGCUACUGGGGAGGCUGAGGCAGGAGAAUGGUGUGAACCCGGGAGGCCGAGCUUGCAGUGAGCCAAGAUCGUGCCGCUGCACUCCAGCCUGGGCGACAGAGUGAGACUCUGUCUCAAAAUAAAUAAAUAAAUAAAUAAAUAAAUAAAUAAAUAAACAAAUCUUCAACAGUACCCUCGGGUUGAUAAUUUUGGAUAUCUAUCUGUAUCUAUAUAUCUUGUUUAUCUGGUAUCCAGAAAAAGAACACAUACACAUAUCCAUAUAUAAAAUAUGUAUACAUGUAUCAAAUCUACAUAAACUGUAAAGGUGGGAUGGCUUUAAUUAUGGCCCAAGCUACUAAGCCAGUGAAGACUUUUUGGGGCUGAAAGCUGCUGCUUCCCCUUCUUUAUCAACUAGCCUCUUAAACAAGGCUCACUUGUGCUGCAAGACAGUCCACCUUUUCUUUUUCUUUGUUUUUGAGACAGGGUCUCACUCUUUCCCAGGCUGCAGUGCAGUGACACAGUCUCAGCUCACUGAAGCUUUGACCUUGCCGGGCUCAGGUGAUCUUCCUACUUCAGCCUCCCAAGUAGCUGGGACUAUAGGUGUGCACCAACAUGCUUGGUUAAGUUUUGUAUUUUUUGUAGAGACAGGGUUUUACCAUGUUGUCCAGGCUAGUCUCGAACUCCUGGGCUCAAGUGAUUCACCUGUCUCGGCCUCCCAAAGUGCUGGGAUUACAGAUGGGAGCCGCCACGCCCAGCCCAGUCCAACUCUUAUAUGUCAGCACAGGGAAAGGACAAAUACUUGUCAACUCUAAAUAAGAAACAUUGCUAAUGCAUUGCAAAGAACAAUAGUUCCAUUUACUUUAUAAUUUAGAUGUCUGCUGGGCGAGACGAAUGUCUUUGUUCUUUAAAAAAUAGGAAAAGAGAAGAAAAACUAGCAUAACAUAAGUACUCAUUUGUAAGACUUUAUGACAUGUAACAUAAGUUCCGUAGUUUUGAGACCGGGUAGAACUGACUUUCUUAUUUGGAUAACCUGGAAAACAUCCCAAACACAAAUUUCAAGUCUUCUUUCUCUUUUUUCAUUAUCUUUUGUAGUCUGAGAUGACACCAUCAUUAAGGAUUCGACACACAUUUGUAAAUAAAAUGACAUCAGCAAUUACUCUGAAAUGUUUCUAGUUUGCAACGAUUUAGUAAUGUGAUGUUAUUAACCCUUCCUCCCUUCAGAGACCUGUCCUAAGCUCUGAGCCACUCAUUCCUUCCACUCUUCCUACCCCAGGAGGUUGAUGAACAGUGGUCCCUGGUGUUCCACAAAGAGUCAUUAAAGUGUUACAGCUGGUAGCACCGGUAGCAAAAAA